AAAAAUGGCAGGUGCUAGGACCUCGUGGAAUCCAGGCAGCUCCAGUGGGAGGGGAGCCCUGGCAUGUGGGCCGCAUGUGGGCCGCGGGGCGUGGUGCCGUGGAGCCGGGACAGACAGACGAGCCAGUUUUUCCACCCGGGAGCUCCAUCCUGCAGGCUCCGUUCCGGCUCUCCUCGUCCCUCUCCUUCCACGGGAAGCAUGUUUCUCGCAAAGGCGUUUCUGGAAGGCGCAGACAGAGGCCUCGGGGAAGCCCUGGGAGGCCUUCUCGGAGGAGGAGGCCAGCGGCGAGGAGGAGGAGGAGCAGGAGGAGGAGGAGGGGUUGUCGGAGGGAUCGUCGGUGGGCUCGUGAACCUCAUCAGCGAGGCCGCGGCGGCCCAGUACACCCCGGAGCCCCCUCCCACCCAGCAGCACUUCACCCAGGUGGAGGCCAGCGAGAGCGAGGAGGUGAGGCGGUUCCGGCAGCACUUCGCCCAGCUGGCCGGCCCGGACAUGGAGGUGGGGGCCACCGACCUCAUGCACAUCCUCAACAAGGUGCUGUCCAAGCACCGGGACCUGCAGACGGACGGCUUCAGCCUGGACACCUGCCGCAGCAUCGUGUCGGUGAUGGACAGCGACACCAACGGGAAGCUGGGCUUCGAGGAGUUCAAGUACCUGUGGGGCAACCUGCGCAAGUGGCAGUGCGUGUACAGGCAGCACGCCGGGCCCGGCGCGGGCGCCCUGCCGGCCGCCCAGCUGCGCGCCGCCCUGCAGGCCGCCGGCUUCCAGCUCAGCGACGGGCUGCACCGCAUGAUCGUGCGGCGCUACGCCGACGACGAGGACGGCAGCAUGGACUUCAACAGCUUCGUCAGCUGCCUGGUCCGCCUGGACGCCAUGUUCCGGGCCUUCAAGUCCCUGGACCGGGACGCCGACGGCCGCAUCCAGGUGUCCAUCCAGGAGUGGCUGCAGCUGACCAUGUACUCCUGAGGGGGCUCCGACGGGCAGGCCCCACGCCCCCCGCGUCCCCGGAGGAUGGGACCGCCUGCCGAAAGCACCCCCCACACCCCGCGCGUGGCUGCAGACGCCCCGUCCCCCAGCUGUCCUCUCCCGGCGGCCCCUUCUGCAUGUGCCGCUUUCGCCGCUUCAUUAAAACAGAUUUGCCACGAGAAGGCUCGGGAGUGGUCUGUGGAUUGGCUUUGUACGGACUCACAGACCUGACGGGGGUGCAGGGAGGGGCUGGAAGGCCGUGCAUGUAGACAGGCUAUCGCUCAGAGAGGGAAUGCAUUCCCGAGGAGCAAGGCAUGUGUUGUUGGUGAGAAUUAAGUUUUGGGGAAAAAAAGUUGGAAUAAAU